UUUAGCCGGAUCAAUUUUUCGUCUUUUGUCAGUUUCUUCAAACACUUUUUACGUAUAUUUCACAGAAGCUUGGGGUGUUGCACUCUCCAUAGUCUACAUGCGCUCCGCUAAUAUGUUCCCCUAGGCCUAAGUGACUAGGUCCAGUCCUCCAGGUCUAUGCUGAGCUGAUAAAAUGCUGUAGUUAAAAGCUGACGUUGACGGAAGUUUGUAAAAUAGAAUUCGAAAUUGAUCCAUCUACUUGUAAUAUAAGAAUUUGAAUUUGUGAAAUUUAAGACGAAAUGACAAAAUUUGAUUUGCAAAUAUGGGAGCUUGUCUGUUAUUGUUUGAUAUGUCUCUUUGGCCUGCUGGGAAACUCCAUUGUCAUUUAUGUAAUAAGAAAGAGCGGUAUGUCACCAAAACAUCGCUUCCGCCAUGUACCAUUUAAUGUAUACUUGAUGAAUUUGGCUAUAGUUGAUUUAGCGUUGAGUGUUAUUUGCCUGCCAGUGUACGUAAUGAGUACUAGCGCUUUCCCACAUCCUACUGGCGUAAAUGGCGACGUUUUCUGUAAACUGGUCACAGGAAAUUUACCUCAAUUCUGGCUCGCUGGAGUGUCUAUUUACAUUCUUGUAAUAAUCAGUUUCGAGAGGCUUAAUGCAAUAGCAAAACCUUUUCAAAUACGCGUCACCACAUCAAGGAAAACUAUCAUACACAUUGCUUUAGCUUGGUUCUUUGCCCUAUUGAGGGAGCUUCCCGUUUUAGUAGGGAUUCGCUACACAGCAACUAACGCCACAGUCGGAGCAAGUUGCUAUUAUUGGCCGAGUUACGAGGUUAACGCGUUCAUAUUUUCAUGUUUAUUCGUGAGUGAAUACUUGGCUCCAGCGAUUAUAUUUUUUAUAAACUUCUACAGGAUCCGUAAGCGAAUGAUUUGUUUGAAUGGUACGCUUAAAUUCGCUCUGGUCAACGAGAGACAGCGCGUCAAAAUUAUGCAAAGCAAAGAAAAAACAAUACGGGUUGUUCUAUUGGUUCUCGUGUCAUUUUUAAUUCUUUGGACUCCGAACAACAUCAUGUACUUUUUGUUUCAAUUCGCCAAUGUUUCCAAGGUUACGUGGAGCUCCAACUACUAUCAGCUUGGAAUUAUUCUUGGAUUUUCUUCGUCCUGUUUGAAUCCGUUUCUUUACGCGUUUCAAAGUCGAAAAUUUCGAAAUCAAUGCAAAGCAGUGUUCUUGGAAACCUUCAGUUGUCGGCGUGAAGCCUGGCAGAGAAUUCACACAAGCACAUUUACGUCAUCAAACGAAACUGGAGAACUGAUCAAGAGUCUCAAAAAAAUAUAAUAAUAGUGCGCCUGUGCAGACAUAAGGUCUGGGGUAAACAAGUAACAAUUAACAACUCGACUUCUCAUAACAAAAACACUUUGCAAUUUGCACCUUUUGCCUUCUUGAUUCCUUCAUGACAAGUGCAUCGUAGUAUUGGUAUUGGCAUCGGUUCUACUGGUAUUCAUGACAAGUACAUCAUUGCUUUGUAGUAAUUGGUCAUCCUUAGGGAUUCUCGCAUGUAAUGCCAACAGGUUGACCACUUGGCACAGGAAAAUCAAUAAACAAGUUAAAUAACUUAAAUGUUACAUUUAACAUAAUUAAAUUUGCAAUAAACCGCAAUAUGUUUCAAUUCGCACAACAAAUAGCCAAUCUCAAACCAUGUUUUCUAAGUUUAAUCUUGUAAUUACUAUACUGUAUGCAUGUAAAUAUUAGACCUUAAAUCGAAAAAUAGUUAUGAUUUUUUUUGUUGUUGCGUACUGCACAAACAUAAAGA